UCGUCACGCACAGGCGCCGUCGCGUGCAGGCGCCGUUGUCGGGUGGGGCCAGGGAGAAGCCCGGGGCGCGGGAAAAGUGAGGCGACGGGCCGGCCGAGGCGGGUGUGGCCGAGGAGGAGGAGGAAGAGCCGCCUUGCUGAGGAGAAGCCGCCGGCGAGGAGGGACCCCGACGAAGCCAUAAAGAACAAGACUAUAAAAGGAACUAUGGAAGACAACAAGAGCAAGGGACUCACUUGUGCUGAGGCUGAUGUGGAAGCACUGAUGGAGUGCGUUAAGCAGCAACCAGACAACAUUCCUGCUGUAAAAAGUGCUUUACUCUCAAUUGUUUCAGUGUGUCAAGAAAACAGCAAUGCAGGUGUUUAUUUUCACGAUAUUGGUGGAUUGAAGUUGGUACGUGACCUCGCAAGGUCAGAGGCGCCCAGCAAAUUAAAAGAAGUCACCUUGUAUACGUUAGGAACUCUGGCCAUUUCUAAUGUUGUCUGUCAGCAAAGUCUCUGUACUCCUGAAUUGUUUGAGGAAAUGCUGAUGCUCAUAAUUGACGAGCAGUCCAGCAUGGAUUUGCAAACAGUCUCUGUCUCCGUUCUGUUGGGCCUGGUUUCAAAGAACAGUUCUGGACAAAUGCUUUUGAGAGAAACAGGCUGUAUUGCGGUUUUGCAAAAGUUAUUCAGGGAAACUUUCACAAACUCUGAAAUUGAUUCCUCGAACGAAAGCUUUAAGGAGAAAUAUCCCCUGUGGCAUGCACUGUGCAAUACUCUGAUUGCAGCUGUCAACAAUCCUAAAAAUGAGGAAAAUCAGAGAAUUUGCUGUUCCGUUUUGCCGCAUGUGCACACCUUGUUAGAAGCACAUAAGACGCCUGAGCUAGUUGGACCUAUUUGCCUACUUAUUGGACUCAUAGUGGAUGGAAACUCACCGGUUCAGGAAUUCCUCAUAUCUAUUGGUGGAUUGGAUGUUUUGACCAAAGUUUUUACCGAGCUGGUCGAAGACUCACGUCAGAAUCUUUCUAGUGCUAAGAUGGCAGUAGAGGUGACAAGUGCCAUGGGUAACUGCAUUGCCCAGAACUCUCCUGGUAGUACAGUUCUUGCGAAGCAUCAAGUUGUGCCCAAACUUUUGAAUUUGCUGUUUCUGGAGAAUCUAGAUUCUCAAGACAGAACUAGUGUUCUGGUUACCCUUGGACAUUGCAUACAGACAUGUGAUCAAAAUCUGGAUCUCCUGCUCCAAAACGAUGGCCUCAAACGUAUUAAAGAUGCCUUCUCUGAAUCUCAUAAUGAAAUUGUAAGCGCCAUUGUUUCUUUUGUCCGGAUCAGUCGUGAUAUUUGGGACCAACCCGAAAAUCCCUGAAGAAGUUGCAGAAGAAAAAGCAGUCUAGAUUUUGAUGUGAGGAAAAAAAAAAAACGGGAAACCAUUGCAAUUGAACUUCAUGGGUUUACCCAGGAGGAAGACUACAGUGCAUCUGGCCUAUAAAUACUACAAGUUAGAGAGAUUAAAUGAUAUAUAACCCUUGAAAGAGGUUUUUUUGUGUGUGCAUGUGUGUCUGUUUGUAGAAAUUUUAAAAAAGAUAACCAUUCUUCAUUUUAAGUAAGUUGUGUUCUGCUCAUACCGGUUGGUUUCACUGCAUGAUAUUCAAAUAGGGGGCAUUCAUAUUGUUUCCUAAAGGAGUUUGUGGUAGCAUGAGUUCUGGAGACCUGUGUUUCCCUUGUUGAAGAAGCAGGUCGAAAAAGAAGAAACACACAAGUAUUGACUGCUUUUAACUAUUGGUUUUAGAAUUUGCCUUUUGUUUUUCCUAAAAUAAAGGAUUAAGAAGGGUGGGGGUCAUUGAAUGUCUCAGUACGAUUUUUGAUGUUUUAAUUGAAUUGGAUUGUUAAAAAUGUUCUUAGUGAAUGAAAUCAUUUGUAGAGUGUUAAAAAUAUCCUUUUGCCUAAGUCAAUAAGAGCCUAACUUACUACCAGGGAGUGAGUUAUGUACCAGGGGAAAAUGUAGCCCAUUGUUCCCACGCACUUGUGUCACCUCUGGCCUGAUACACGGAAGAGAAUGUAAGACACCCUUGAUUGAUAAGUGAAAUUUUGUUGGUAACUUAAAGGAGGUGCCAUUAUUAAAUAAAAAGGUUUGGGGUUUUUUUUCCAGAAAAUCUUU